CGGCCCUCUCCUUCCCGCCCAGAACUAGGCCUCUCUCUCUGACGGCUUGGAAGUACCACCGAGGCGGGGUUUCCUGGGCCGAGGGCGGCAGGAGGGAAGGGGCUUGUUGUGGUUGAGGCCCAGGAAGAGGAGGCCGCCGCCGCCGCCAUCGCCAUGCCUGGGAUAGACAAGCUUCCCAUCGAGGAGACGCUGGAGGAUAGCCCUCAGACACGGUCAUUGCUGGGUGUGUUUGAAGAAGAUGCUGCUGCAAUUUCCAGAUACGUUAGCCAGUUGUAUCAAGCCAUGCACCGAAUCUAUGAUGCACAGAAUGAAUUGAGUGCAGCAACCCAUUUGACUUCAAAGCUUCUAAAAGAAUAUGAAAAACAGCGCUUCCCUUUGUGGGGGGAUGAUGAAGUUAUGAAUUCUACUCUGCAACAAUUUGCAAAAGUGAUAGAUGAGCUCAGUUCUUGUCAUGCAGUACUGUCUACUCAGUUAGCUGAUGCCAUGAUGUUUCCCAUUACCCAGUUCAAGGAAAGAGAUCUAAAAGAGAUACUGACUUUAAAAGAAGUUUUUCAGAUCUCAAGCAAUGACCAUGAUGCUGCCAUCACCAGAUAUAGUCGGCUGUCAAAAAAGAGAGAGAAUGAGAAGGUCAAAUAUGAAGUUACGGAAGAUGUGUAUACGUCCCGAAAGAAACAACAUCAGACUAUGAUGCAUUAUUUCUGUGCAUUAAAUACUUUGCAGUAUAAGAAGAAAAUUGCCAUGUUAGAACCCUUAUUAGGUUACAUGCAAGCUCAGAUAAGCUUCUUUAAGAUGGGCUCAGAAAAUCUUUCUGAACAGUUGGAAGAAUUUUUAACAAAUAUUGGAACAAGUGUUCAAGAGGUUCGGAAAGAAAUGAAUCGUGAAGUAGAGAUCAUGCAGCAGACUAUAGAGGAUUUGGAGAUAGCCAGUGACCCACUCUAUGUGCCUGACCCUGAUACUACAACAUUUCCUCCACAAAGGAACCUUACUCGAAAAGCUGGUUAUCUUAAUGCAAGGAAUAAAACAGGCCUUGUGUCUUCCAGCUGGGACAGGCAGUUUUACUUCACUCAGGGUGGAAAUCUAAUGAGCCAGGCAAGAGACGAUGUAGCUGGAGGACUUGUUAUGGAUAUAGACAACUGUUCAGUCAUGGCUGUGGACUGUGAAGACAGAAGAUACUGCUUUCAAAUAACAUCUUUUGAUGGCAGAAAAUCUUCUAUUUUGCAAGCAGAGAGCAAAAAGGACUACGAAGAGUGGAUAUGCACGAUAAACAACAUCUCCAAACAGAUAUACCUGAGUGAAAACCCAGAGGAGAUGGCUGCACGUGUAAAUCAGUCGGCACUGGAAGCUGUCACUCCCUCUCCUUCCUUCCAGCAGAGACAUGAGAGCAUGAGGCCAACAGCGCAGACCCGUCCUUCCACAACUCGUACCAGUAGUACUGGAUCUUUAGCAUCAGAUUCGGCAUCUUUAUCAGCACUUUCCUUGGAUUCCCUUGUUGCACCUGACACACCGAUACAAUUUGAUAUCAUUUCUCCAGUAAGCGAAGAUCAACCCGGUCAAGCCAAAACUUCAGGGCAGGCGGGCAGACGUACAAAUCCUUUUGGAGAAUCUGGAGGAACCAAAUCAGAAACAGAAGAUUCCAUCCUCCAUCAAUUAUUUAUUGUAAGAUUCCUUGGAUCCAUGGAGGUGAAGUCAGAUGAAAGUUCUGAUGUUGUUUAUGAAACAAUGCGCCAAAUACUAGCAGCUCGAGCAAUACAUAACAUUUUCAGAAUGACAGAAUCACAUUUGUUAGUCACGUGUGACUGUUUAAAGUUAAUUGAUCCACAGACCCAAGUGACAAGACUCAGGUUCCCAUUGCCAAAUGUAGUUUUGUAUGCCACACACCAGGAGAACAAACGCCUUUUUGGAUUUGUACUUCAGACAUCAACAGGGAGAGCAGAUAGCAGACCAACAUUUGUCUGCUACAUAUUUGAAUCAAAUAAUGAAGGGGAAAAGAUCUGUGACUCUGUAGGAAUUGCAAAACAGAUUGCAUAUCAUACUGAAUUGGAUCGUAGAACAUCAGAAAAGCAGAAAGAAAUAGAGAAAGUAAAAGAAAAACAGCAAAAGGAACUCAGUAAACAAAAACAAAUUGAAAAGGAUUUAGAAGAGCAAAGUCGACUAAUAGCUGCUUCUAGUAGAUCCAGCCAGAGUGUUGGUGAAGGACAGUUUGUAGUCCUUAGUAGUAGCCAGUCAGAAGACAGUGAUUUAGGAGAAGAUGGGAAGAAGAAACGAGAAUCUGAAGCAUGAGGUGACUUCAGUGCAAGUUUUUGGACCGGUUGUACAAAAUAAGCUUGCAAGUUACAGAAGAAGCAAAGGUGGAGGGUUUGCUUUAUUAAAUGGGAUUCAAUAUUCUGACCCAUUAAGCUUUGAUUUUACUUAAACUGUCUGCUUAAUGUAAAUGUGGACUCUCUUCCCAGUCAUAAGAAACUGUGGUAAUAAUUACAGCAGAAUUGGUACCUUAUUUUUCUCUGCAGAUGACUUCAUGUGGAAAAUACUGUCAUAAAUUAAGCACAAAGAUUUUAUGUUCUUUAUCUUCACUUUCUGUUUCCCGCUUCAGAGGGAUAACUGACAAAACAAGAUGUCUUAUGGCACCUUCAAAUAUAAACAAAUUGAAUUUGAUCAAGUGGACUCCAGUCCAUGAAAUUUAUGCCAUAAUACAUUUUUUAGUCUUUAAGAUCUUAUUUUGAUACCCAAAGAUUACUGAGAACAGAAAUAGAAGAAUGUUAAUUUGCAGUUAAAUAAAUCUUGGAAUAAAUUGCCAGUAGGAAAAAGAAGUAUUCAGGAAACAAACAACCCUGUAUGUAACAUUUUGGUUAAAUGUGAAAUCAUUAUUUUAUAUGAGAUUGCGUUGGCUGAUACUGGUCUUAGCUUCUCUGAAUUAUACUUCAGAGCAAUUACGUAACAAAGACAUUAAAGGAGACAUUAUAAAUUGGUCUGUGAGGUAUAACAGUACUGGGCAGAAUGCAUUCUUUUAGUGGACAGAAUGCAUUCUUCCAUCUCCAGUCCUUCUGUGCACUCUGUGAAUCUGCUCUGAAGGACUAGGAAUCCCUCUGCAGUAGAUUUCUGGUGCUGCAGAGGGAUGCAGGAGAGAAGGGGGGGAAAAGCUUGACAGUAUGAUCGGACACUGUUGGAUUAGUAACAUACAAUUAAAGACUGUUGGAUAUCUGGUGGAGAACUGGACAGGUGCCAACAUGUUCUUUAGAGUCCCUUAUCAACAUAGUUUGAGAUUAUGUUGAUGAAAGUAUUGUACAUAAAUGAAGCCUUUGCCAGUUGA